AUGUCGGAGUAUGAAUCGUUGAAGAAUAAGACAGAAGACGGGCGGGAGCCAAGCCGGGGAGGCGCGCAUCCUGCAUGGGCACUCACAGCGCUGGCCAGCGUGCUGAUCUUCACCACUGUGGUGGAUGUGUUGGGGAACCUUCUGGUCAUCAUCUCUGUGGCCAGAAACUGUAAACUCCAAAAUGUGGUACCCCAGUGGUUUUGUUCUUUAGGACAUUCAAAAUGGUUAAUAAGUGGCUUCGUGAUGGGUUUGAGUGUCAUUGGCUCCAUCUUCAAUAUCACAGGUAUUGCCAUCAACCGGUACUGUUACAUCUGCCACAACUUCAGCUAUGACAAGCUGUACAGCAACCGGAACACACUACUGCUGGUUGCGCUCAUCUGGUUCUUAACAAUCAUGGCCAUUGUGCCAAAUUUGUUUUUUGGCUCCCUCCAGUAUGAUCCCCGUAUCUACUCAUGCACAUUUGCACAGACUGUCAGCACUUCCUAUACAAUCACAGUCGUGAUUAUCCAUUUCUUUGUCCCCAUUUCUGUGGUCACAUUCUGCUACAUGAGGAUAUGGAUCUUGGUCAUUCAGGUAAGGCGUAAGGUGAAAUCUGAGGUACGUCCUUGCAUCAAGCCCAGUGACUUGAGGAACUUCAUCUCCAUGUUUGUUGUGUUUGUGCUUUUUGCAAUUUGUUGGGCACCACUCAAUUUUAUUGGGCUUGCUGUUGCCACUUACCCAGAAAAGGUCGCACCUCACAUCCCAGAGUGGUUCUUUAUUGUGAGCUACUUCAUGGCUUACUUCAACAGUUGCCUUAAUGCCAUCAUUUAUGGCCUACUGAACCAGAACUUCCGGAGGGAGUACAAACAUAUUGUAAUGUCUGUGUGGUGGCCGCACCUCUUCUUUCAAGAAACAUCGCGAGGAGGGACUGAUGGUAUCCGCAGCAAACCAUCACCAGGACUCAAUAAUAAUGACCAAGUAAAAGGAGAAACUCUCUGA